AUGGAUUUCAACAGUUUAUUUGACAAUCACAACAUCUUAAGCAUUUGUGAUUUUCUUCUUGACUACUGCAAAAAUUGUCUCGUAGAACAAGCCGAUCUUACACAUCACCAAGCGACACCAUUCUACAAUUUUUUCCCUACUUUAUUGAGUCGCAUCUUUGGAUCACCUACUACAAGUACCUUGUCCAAGAUUCUCACGGACUUUCAUUUCAGAGGAUGGAUGCACUCUGGAAUAACACCCCCACAAACUAAAGCUAUCCUAUCUUUACUCAACGUGGAUGGUUACUUCUUUCAGGCCAUGCUAAGAAUGAGUGAAUACCCAGAAUAUGAGUUUUACUUAAUCAAUUUAAACUUACCGGCUGAUGUUCAAAAUAUCUUAAAAGAAGGCUGUAUACAAUAUCUUCCGCGUGUUUAUAGCCAGUGCGCGAUUUCGAGAGGUCCAUCUGACAUUGGAGUAUUGGACGUGCGCAAAGCUGCUACCGAACGCUCGUAUAUUACACCAAUGAAACAAGAGUCAAACAGCCAAAUACGUUUCAGCAUGAUACAAUUCUACUUUCACUAUGUAUUGAGUGUCCCUACUUGGCCAAUUACACCAUCGUACACACAAUCCAAUACAUCGGCUUUUAUUGGACCCACAGUCAUUCCUAAUCCAUCGCAAACUAGAGACAAUAGUAUCCUGAACAUUAUCAUCCAUAAAUAUAUCCAAAUAUUUAUUACAUGCUCAUCAUCUCCAUCUAAAAGACGGUAUCCUUUAAUUGACAUGUUCUUUCUGGAUUGCUGUGUUGAAUUAUGGCUUCGAAAUUCAUGGAUAAAUCCCGGAGGAAGACUUGCACCAGAACUCAUGGAAAUUAUAAAAAUGCUUAUUAAACAUAUUGUGAAGCAAGAUCUUCGAUUCUGUACCUAUAACUUUGGAAGAGAAGAUGACUCUUCGGGAUUUACCUAUCGUAUGGUUUACGAUACCGUUCGCCCUGAGAUAACUUUUCUUAUUUCCCGACUCAUUAGUACUUGGAGAAUAGACCCUGAUUUUAACGAGGUCAUCAAUUUAUGGCUGCUAUGGGUAAAGCCUUGGAAAUAUAAACAACUGCAAACAAAUACACCUGUUUCCAAUCAUCUGAAAGUCAGUCCAGUAGAUGAUGGAUGGGCAGCGUUUAUUGUAGAGAAUGGGGCAUGUUACAUUUCGAUAGUUGAAUCCAUCCUCAAAAUAACAGCCACGUUUCGGUACAUAGAAACACCUAUCAUUUAUCCGACACCCGUCAAUAAUACCUCCACCGCCACCCAUCUAAAAAGUGCUCCAACUACCGCAAACACUUCCCACUCAAUCUUUGGUAAUACUUUUUCCAGCGCUAUUACCAAGGCUUCGUGGCUGCUAGGCACUCCAAGCCCAAGACCUCGAAACAACCCUGAAUAUCGUUGGCAGCUGGAUAUAUUUCAAUCCGUAUUAAGCUUAUUUAGUGAAACUGGGCUGGUACCUUUUUUACGAUCGGUAGAAAAAGCUGUGAACAUGGUCCAGCUCGAGAUCAUUGAACGAUCAGCAACCAAUGGGCCAGAGUUGAAGGAAGCUAUAAGUGUAGUAGCAAGAAAAUGCGUGCACGAUUCAGAGAACUCUUACGUUCAAACCCAUAAAGCCAUUUUUCAAUUGUGUGGUGUAAUAAGAUCGAUGGAUUCCGCUUCAUAUAAACCUAAAAAUAUCUAUGCUUUAUCCACCGUACGUAAUCCAUCCUUGACUCAAUCUAGCAAAUCUCUUAAUGAUGCUAUUACAACUCAAAAUUCAGCAGCAAAUACUACACCAGGCAAGAAUAAUGACUACCUACACAAGCUUGUCUCGACAGCAAACACUUUUCAACAAAUAUUCAUGCUUCCUGAGUCUGAAAACAUGAUCCGUACUUCUGCUUUGAAGCAAAACUCAAAAGAAAAUAUCAUGUCGCCAAACAUCACUACAGCUAAAAAAAGGGUUAUAGCACCGCUUUCAAAGGCGAAGGUAUAUUAUGAGAACGGUCCACUAUGCCCGGAAGAUCUAGAGAAAGUUAAAAAAGGUCUGGCACUAUGCACACCAAGUUUGACCAGACAAAAAGGAAUUUUGUGUAAGGAAAUGGCACGGUCCUAUGAAAGUAUGUGGGUUUUAAGUUGGAUUAUGCCCUUGGAACAAAAAAUAAAUACUAUGUAUCAAAAAUGGGGACUAUCGGGCAAAUAUCAUCUUCCUAAGCGUUUAUCCCUGAGGUUCUUUGCGGCAUAUGUUAAUCUUGCCUGGAUGUUUGGUCUUCCAGUUGUACUUUAUGUCUUUUAUUACUAUAUAUAUAUGUACAUAUUCAUUUAA